ACAUCCAUCCCAAAACCAUCUGAUGCAGCUUGUGCCAGCGCUGUCAGCGCUGCUGCCCUCCCAUCCGACUCCUGCACUCAACAGCCGCAUCGCACUGCCGCGCCCGCCGGGCGGCCACCAGGGCCUUGGCCUUGCGCCGUGGAGCGCCGGCCUCGCAGCCGGUGUGGCGCUGCGGGCAGCGCGGGCAGGGCGCAGGGCCGAGGGAGCGGAGGCCGCGGCCAAGCGGCAGCUGCUGUUGCUGUGUGCGGCAGGAAAUCGCGGCUUUUCGGCCAAAGAGGCUGAAAAAAAAGAGGCUGUGAACAAGCUCUUGGAGCAGCUUGCGGGUAACUUUCGUCCACCCACCGAUGGCCGGCAACGGCAAGAUGCCUUGCGCGGACGCUGGAGACUGAUCUACACAACCUCGGCGGAUCUGACGUCAUUAGAGACCCUGCCUUUGCCAGGGUGGCAGACAGGAAGAGUGGGUCAGUCCUUUUUGACCAGCCGCUUUGCGCGGAAUGAGAUCGAUUUCUUUUCUCCCCUGAACAGCAAGGUUACACAAUUGGUUAAUUGCACCUGGAAACUCCCAGAGCCAUUGAAGGAGGACUUCUUUGUGCAGCUCGUUUUCAAGUACAGCUCGACUGAGUUGGACAACGUUGCUGGCUGGCCAGUGCCGGCACCAGCACUCAACUUGCCACUUCCGCCUGCGGCUGGAACCUUUCAGGUGGCCUAUGUAGAUGAGGAUCUCUUGGUACAGCGGACACGCCUUGGGACUUCAUCGGUGAAUGUGUUGGUGAAGGAGAGCAGUUGCCACCUUUUAGGCAUGGCGGCACAGCCGGGGCCAGUGACUUGGUGGAGCGGUGUGUUUGCAAAUGUCAGGUUCAGAGGCCUACGCCAGAGGAAGAAGAUGCGCUUCGUCAAUGGAAACAGGCCCAGAUUCGUGAUUGGCUUCGAAGAAAAGACGCCGAGAUGUUGCGGCGUCUGCACCUCGGAGGGUCCGCAGAUCUCGAUGCAGGAGGAUCUUCUCAGGGAAAAAGAAGAGUACCAGGAAAACAGGCGCUACGAGCACGAGGCGGAGCUGCAAAGGCAACGGACUUGGCGACUGCACAUGGCGGAGUUGAGACGGCAGGAGCUACAGAUGGAGAUGGACCACCAGAUUUUCCCGGGCUCAAGUUGCUCAAGGGAGGCCGCAGCAAAGGCACGCUUGGGCGCCAAGACCUUAGCUGCCUACUCGACGCCUCGAAUUGGACAAGCAGGGAGGACCCGGCGUAUGUCCCGCUGUUGCAGUGCUGGGUCCAGAUCUGCACGAGUGAGCCGCGGUGGCUGGUGA